UUUUCGCUGAACUGCUCCCAAGAUGUCUCUUGUCAUUCCGGAGAAGUUCCAGCACAUCCUUCGUGUUCUCAACACGAACAUUGACGGUAGGAGGAAGAUAGCGUUUGCCAUCACUGCCAUCAAGGGUGUUGGCCGGCGAUAUGCACAUGUCGUCCUGAGAAAGGCAGACAUCGACCUGAACAAGAGGGCUGGGGAACUCACCGAGGAUGAGGUUGAGAGGGUAGUGACCAUUAUGCAGAACCCUCGUCAGUACAAGAUCCCUGACUGGUUCUUGAACAGGCAGAAGGACAUUAAGGAUGGCAAGUACAGCCAGGUCCUGGCCAACGGUCUGGAUAACAAACUGAGAGAAGACCUGGAGAGGCUGAAGAAGAUCAGGGCUCACCGUGGUCUCAGGCACUUCUGGGGUCUGCGUGUGCGUGGUCAGCAUACUAAGACAACCGGCCGUCGUGGUCGCACUGUGGGUGUGUCCAAGAAGAAGUAAUUGCUCCCUUCAAUAAAGUGACAUUGUUCAUAACCA